AUGCGAGCAGCUGGAGGGGUUGCGGGCGUUGCCGCGCUGCUGCUAUGCAUCGCCUUCGUUGCCACACGCCUCUCCUCUCCCUCUGCCCUCCAGUCAUGCACUCCCUGCACCGGAGGCGAAGGCUGCAUCGCCGGCUGCCGACUCAACGAGGUUGCCAUGGCGCACACUCAGCUGCUUGCGGACACGCGGCUGAGCGCCAGGAGGAUCCCCGGCGGCGAGCGCGAGAGCAUGCACUCAACGCGGUCGAGAAUCCAGAGGUUGAACCAGCAGCUGCUGCGCAUCAACACAAGACAGGCAUCCGCCGCAUCGGAGAAGACUCUUGGCUCGAUGCUCAACAGCGCUGUGGGAGAUAUUCUGCGAGCUGAGGGGGAUGAGGUCAAGAUGAGGAGGCAGGUUCAGCUUGCGCACGGGGAGAGCGUUCAGGACGCGUACAAGUCGUUGAGCAACUUCUUCAACAAAGUAGUCAAGGACGGCCAUGGAGGCGCAUGGGGGUACGGCAAGCGUGCUGAGAAUGUGAAGAAGCUUCCUGGAAUCGUCACCAACAAUUGGACCUUGAACAAGGGAGCACUCUCCUUGAAACCAACAGGAGAUGAUCCAAAGCUUCCUGGGGUGAAGACUUCGGGCUGGUAG